AUGCAGAUGGAAGUCAACUUCCAAAAAGCAGCCAACUAUAUCCGCAACGCUGCCAAAGUGGGUACGCAACUUGCGGUUCUACCGGAGUACCAUCUCCUGAACUGGCUACCUCAGGAUGCGAAAUUCAAGGAAGCUUGUGGCCAUUGGGAAACCUACCUCAACAAGUACCGUGAGCUAGCCAAGGAAUGCAAUAUUAAUAUUGUCCCUGGCACCAUUGUCGAGCUCCACGAUGCUGGUACCGACGAGGAACGAUUGGAGAAUGUUGCCUACUUCAUCACGAACGUCGGCGAGAUUGCUGGAAAGUAUGUGAAGAAGAAUCUCUGGGGUUCUAUUGAACGGCUACAUCUUACCUCCUCGUCAAUGGACCCUCACCCAGUUUUUGAUACACCGCUAGGCAAAGUGGGUAUGCUUAUCUGCUGGGACCUUGCCUUUCCUGAAGCAUUUCGAGAGAUGAUCUCCAAGGGAGCAAUGAUCAUUAUUAUACCGACAUUCUGGACCUUAACGGACUGCUCGAAAGCUGGGCUUGCUAUCAAUCCGGUUGCAGAAGGGUUGUUCCUGGAUAGUAUGCUAACGGCAAGGUGCUUCGAGAACACUUGCGGUAAGCCUUGCGGCACGCUGGGAGAGAUACGGCGACUGACAACAACCACAGCCAUCAUCUUUGCCAACGCAGGCGGACCGCCCGGAAAGGGCUAUGCUGGCUUGUCACAAGUUUGCGUACCGUAUGCUGGCGCCAUCACGAGACUAGGCAGCUGCGCAGAAGGCAUGGCGAUUGUUGAUCUUGACAUGAAGAUAGUGGAGGACGCAGAAGAUAACUACCAGGUGAGAGCUGAUCUUGCAAGGAGUGACUGGCAUUAUGAGUACAGGCACAAUAAGACAGAUGCUAAGCUAUGA